AUGGCGCUAAAGAAAUGUCUAUUUGUGAAUAUCCUGUUUGCGUCACUAGGGAUCGUUGUCGGGAAGUGGGUGGAGGGAAGAGUCAACACAAAGGAGAACUGGGCAUUCCUAUCCCGUUUCUGCUUUCUGUCGCUAGAGGGCCAGUUUGAAUAUCUCAUUGAGUUUGAGAGAGACAUGGGGACGCCAAACUUGCUGUUAUAUUAUGAUGACGAAUCGCAAUGGCCCUCCGUCUAUCAUAGUAGCAUGACUUGUAAAGAUCGCGAAGCCGUACUCAACAAGGGUGGACAAAAUCAAAUAGUCAAGUUAUCCCAUUGGUAUCCUGAUACCGAAUAUUCGGGCUGCAUCGUCACCAGAGCAAACAAGGAAUUGCCAGCAGCUAAGAGCACAUCUCCCAAACCCACGGUAAAAACAACAGUAAAACCGAAGAACAAUCCCAAUAAAAAUGAUCUACCAUCUGAUCCAGCUUACUACGAUCAGUUUCUAAAAACUACCACAACGCCAACAAAAUCUACCAUGGAUGUUACUACUAAAUCCACUAAUUCUACUACAUGGUACGAACUGAUACCGGAUGAUUUUAAUGCUACGACAGUAAUACCAGAGGAUGAGUUAUGGGAGAAUAUAGGCCCUGUGAAAAAUACUAGCCUUACAGAGACGUUGAAAGAUGUGGAGAUAUUGUUUGACAAUAAUUAUAAUCACAGCGGCCACAAAAUAAAACGAUCCAUUGAGCUAUACGAGCGCUACCGGCGUCGUCGCCUAAACUCAGAGUCCUAUCAAAGUGGGUUCAGCGAAACGGAGAGGAUGAUAGUGUCAUGCCACAACUCCAGAAGAUUUCGCUCCGCUAGAGAGAGAUGGUGGUUCAUUGCUAUAAGUAAUUGUGAUAGUCCUAAGGGUCUGGAUGUAAGAUACAAAUUUCUCAUGACCAACGGACCGGAUGGUGAUUUUUGGCACAAACAUUUUUCAGCUGAUGAGUUUUACGUCCUCCCCAUCCUGCUAUCGUACACCUUCGCCUACAUAAUAGUGAUGAUCGCAGUAGUGAUGUGCAGUGUCGAGCUGCGAUCUCGACAUCUGCUGCAUUCAACGUAUAAGCUGUUCUUGAUAUCGAUAGUAGCACAACACUGCGGUGUUCUGAUGCAAGCCCUUGCGAACAUCCGAUACGCUAGCAAUGGGGUGGGCGCGCCCAAUUCUAAAAUUAUUGGUCAAUUCCUCUGUGGAAUAUCAGAGAUGACAUACCUCCUGCUUCUGGUAUUAUUAGCGAAGGGAUAUACAAUAACGCGUGGCCGACUUAAAGUGGGCUUCACGGUAAAACUCACUGUGUUUAUGUGCUGUUACGUACUGACGUAUGUUGUGCUUUUUAUUUAUCAGGCUAAGGCAUUUGACCCGGGUGAGGUCUUAUAUUUAUACGAAAGUCCAGCUGGGUAUGGAUUAAUUUUUCUACGCAUAACGGGCUGGUGUGCUUUCGCUUACUCCACGUAUUUCACUGUUCGGAAAUACCCAGAAAAGAACAUGUUCUACUGUCCAUUUUUCAUCUGUGGCACAUUGUGGUUUUACGCAGGCCCACUGUUUAUUCUUACCGCAAAUUCUUAUAUUGAUAAAUGGGUUCGCGAGAGCGUGGUAACUGCUGUACUUUUGUUUAUUACGUUUUGUGGUCACGUAAUGUUUUUGCUGCUCACAUUGCCUGUAUUUGCGAAUAAGAACUUUCCCUACCACGUGCGAACGACUCAAAUAGGAGUGAUGGAGGUCACUAGCAAUCCAGCUUUAGAUGGUUUUGGCCCAAAUGCGUACCACCCUAGUACAGGGGCUGCUCAGACUGUCAUCAUUCCACUAACGAGAAGAACAGAAGAGUUAAUAGGGAAUAUGUACAACCAAUACAUGGCAACUGCUCCAUCUCUGUCAGAAAACGAUACGCCAAAACUAAACGGCCUUCCUAAAAGAAUAAAUUCGUUUCAAUCUCGCAAUGGAACAAUUCAACAAGGAAGCACGGAAACAAAUAAUUCAGAAGAUAUUAAUCCGCAAAUAAGGGACGAAAAAGAAAUAUUUACUGUUGAAAAUCAAAUGUCAAAAAUUCAGAACGGUCAACAGAAUGGAAGCAUAAAAGAUGACAGUUUACAAGCGCGGGAAAAUGAUGUGUCAAAUAGUGAUUGUUCAGUGUUACCUGAUGGUGAUUUGCUUAGUAAUGGGGUGAAUGGUUUAGGAGUGAAUGACUUACCCAAUGUUAUGAGGUCGAAAAGAAAUAUUUUGGAACCAAUAAAACGAGAUGUCCCAGCUUGGUCACUAGCAAAGGGACCGAGUGUUGUUGCUAUGCAACUGAAAAAUAACGAAGAACAGCUCUUACCGCCAAUUUCGUUACCAAACAGUAAGAAAGCGCCCUCUGUACGAACAAUGCAAUCAACUGCAGGUCUCAUAAGUACUAUACAUGAAGGCCGCGAACAAACUUACACUAGACCACCUGACGACUUAUUUACAGUGUCUAAGGGAUAG